AUUUAACCGUAAUUAAAACGUAAAAGCCUUUAUAAAAACUCUCUCUUUCGACUCUCUCACUUCUUCAAACUCCGAGAAACUGAAGAAAGAAGAGAAAUUCUCUGAAUCAAAUCGCGAAAACAUGGACGAAGAUGGUUUUUCACAAUGUUCAAAACACUUCUCGAAACGCGGUUAUUUUAGCGGCGGAGGCGUUUGUCCAUUUUGUCUUUACGAACGUCUCUCUUCUCUUUGUCCAGAUUGUGCUCACGAUCUUCCUUGUUCGUGUAGCUCACGCGCCGCCGUAUCUUUCUCUCCGUCGUCUUCUUCGUCUUCCUCAUCGUUCUCUAUCUUCGCCGGAGAUGUUAGUUUUACUUUCUCCGGGGUUGGAUCGGUGGGACGAGUCGCGAGUUUGAUUGAAUGCGAACCGGCGUUUAGGAGAUCGAAAUCUAUGGCGGUUCCGAUUAAACCGGAUUCGGUUAUUGAUUCCGGUAGGAGUAAGAAAACGUCGUCGUUUUGGAGGAUGUUUAUGGGAAACAGAGGAGAUACUAAACCGGCGAUUAUGAGGAAAUCAAGAUCCAUAGCGGUCGCCGGAGAAUCGGGAUUUUCUCCGGUUCCGGUUCCGGUCGCGGCGACGGGAAAGGGUAAAGGUUGGAAUUUUCCGAGUCCGAUUAAGGUUUUCCGGCAAUCAAGAGUCUCGAAGAUGAUAUUUCAACAACGGUCUCCAUUGUAUAGAGGUUGAGAUUAUUAUUUUUGUUAAGCUUUUUUUUUUUGGUUUUGCAAAUUAUUAGUUUGAUCAUUUACAUGUUUUUUUUAAGUUCUUGUAUUAGGAAAGGGAACAACAAUAUUAGUUUCUUGAAAUUCUUUUUAAUUGUUGUUUAUAAUCUGUAUUAGAUAUGUGAUUCUGCAAAGUUUUAUCAAUUACAAUACUUAUUCGAAUUGUGGAAUUAUUUAAAUUGAUGU